AUGGCGCAGGCGCCGCCCGCUUACAUCAACAUUCCCCAGCCGGGCUCCAACCCGGACACCCCGUCUGAAAUACCCGGCACCCCGACCAGCACCACGACCUCGCUGUCGGCGCUUUCGACGACCGCCAUCAAGGACGGCCACCGCGGCCACCUCCCCGGCGUGGCCCUCGGCCGCGGCCACCAGCACACGCCGUCCACCACGAGCCUCGAGGCCGAACGAGCCGAUCGCAUCUCGCGCCUCGCCGGCCUCGAGCGCGUCUCGACGGUGCGCGCACCCCCGCCCCAUACCAUAGCCACCGGCGGCCCGCCUGGCGCUGGCGCCUCGUCACUCUCCCCGCAGACGACGCCGACCUCGACCAGCGGCUUCCCCGCCAACUUUCCCGCCUCACACAACCUCACGCCCUCGUACUUUGACGUCAACGGCCAGCCCGUCGCCGUCACCAAGAUGAGCACCGUCGGCACGGCAAGCGCGACGGAGAGCAGCCACCACGGCGACGGCGGCACCGGCUCCCGCGGCUCCCGCCAGACGGCCGCCGACCGCGACGAGGACAUGUUCAGCACCGACACCAACUACCGCGAGACGGCCGACUCGGUCGCGAGCAUGGCCGCCGAGCCCGACGCCAUGGACGAGGAAAUCGACGAGGGCAUCGCCACCCGCUCCGUCGGCGGCUACGAGGACCGCAUGAGCGACGACGGGUCCGCCUCGCUCGUCGGCUUCGGCGAGGGCGCCAACAGCACCGUCUCCGGACCCAUCUACCACCGCCGGCCGGUGCCCGGUUCGGCCGCCGCCCAACAGCAGCAGGCGCCUUGGACUGUCGAGCGCUCCGCCUCAGGCCUCAGCGACAUUCGCCGCGAGCGCGACUUCGCCUUUGCCCCCGGCGCCUACAACGACAUGCCAGCGAGUGCCGCCGCGCUGCAGGAGCGCCGCGAGGCCCGCAUGAUGGACGGUGUCGCCGCCGACGCAGGAUACCCCGGCGCCGAGUACGAGCCGUACGUCGACACCACCUUCCGCGGACCAGUCCCCAUCAACGCCAUGAGCCUGCGACAGCAGCAGCAGCAGCAACAGCAGCAGCAGCAGCCGCGCGAGGUCGCCGAGCAGAUUGCGCAGCGCCUCGACGGUGGCAGCGGCAGCGGCAGCGGCAGCGCGCGGAGUGGUGCGCCGCCGUUGGGCCACCCCGGACAAGGCGGCGAGCCGCUGGGGCAGUUUUCGUUUGAUGUCGACAGAGAUGGAAGACGUGGAUGA